CUUGUCUACAAGAACAUUGGCUACGCAUAAAAAAUAUAUUCAUAAUACUUUUAAUACAAGUAAAACAGAGAAUGUAUUCUGAAUUGUGCCAACUAUAGUAAGCAGAAUGCUGGCAGCUCGUGAUAAAAAGCGUGAACGUGCCCGCGACGGUGAAGGCCGGCGACACAGAUUACGUGAUACUGGACUGCGACUACGAUCUCGAGAACACGCGCCACGAUGGGCUAGUCGUGAAAUGGUUUUUCAACACAAACGACUUGGUCUACCAAUGGAUACUCGGGAUGAGCCCGAUGGCCGGUGAGCUCACCAACAACUACGUCGACCUGACGUACGAAGCCAGCAACAAUUCGUACACCAAGCACCGAGCCAUGAAAUUGAACAAGCCUGGUAUCGAUCUUACCGGCGACUACACGUGUGUCAUAUCCACUUUCGAGGACGAAAAGUCCGCGAGCGCGUCCAUGGUUGUCUACUCAACCGAGGAGAAAUUCGAUCUUGUAUAUAGAAAGAAAACCAUAGAUGAUAAGGAUGGAGUGGUGAUAACGUGCAUAGCAGAAGGGUUAUUUCCAGAACCCACCCUGGAUAUAUCCAUCGAGGGUCUUCCGGAAAAGCAAGCAGCGAAGCCCAACGUUACGGUGCGCAAAGAUGGACUGUACGAUAUCUUAUCACGAACGGCCUUGCUGGACGAAGAUUUACCGGAAGCGGCGAUUGUCAAAUGCUUGCUCGGUAUACCGAAGGCGAACUACAACGUUUCCCACAAAACCGUCUACUAUCCCGGACCGCCUACUACCACUUCAACCGCUACAACGAAGCUGCUGCACAUAAUGGAGAACCAAGCGCUAGACAACUCAGAGCCUGGCGAUGGUGGUGGGAGCUUCGCUGGUCGAGCAUCAACUAGCAUCCUCUUAGUCAUGUUGAAUCUGGCAUUUGUCAACUUACUGAAUUAACCGAUUCAGUACUAGGUCGUCGCUUAAACGGAACCCCAAAUCGAGUGGCAAACGCGUGUCAAAAGGUCAACCACUCCGACCUUUUAUUUUGCUAUGCCUAAGAUAUUCAUCGACAGACACCUCGUAUUAAAUGUUGCGUCACAAUCGCGGGAAGGAGCCAAGGCAACGAAGUUCGGCCGAUAACUUGUCAUGUUCAUCGUUUGCACGAGAAAGUCCUGUUCAUAACUCCAUACUGUAUACAUUGUACGCGCUGUUUAGAGUGUUAUUUGUAUUGUGUAAUUGAAAUUUUAGAGCGUGACCGGCGUGAUCGGAAACCAAAGAUAAUUCUAGAGGAAAACUGUUAAGCGUGAA